UGUGUUUGCCUUCCAUACCCGACCAGUGAUCCUGGUCGUGCCAAGUGUGGUGUCACCUCUCCGUGCGUCCUGACGCGCUGCCCCUGGGCACACAGCUCAGCGCUCCGCUCCUUUACGCGCACCCUCUAACGCCUUUAAAAGCCUGGAGCAUGCGAAGUGCCCGGUGUGAAGGUUAGAUAGGGCGGAUCACUGCUGGACACCCCCCGCUGUCCAGCGCAGCACCCGGGGGUCGCGCUUUGUUCGCAGAGAGGACCCUCCUUUUCUUUCUCCAGUAACCCCGAAAAUGGAUCCUUUACGAAACGACAGUAACUGUGAGGAAGAGUCGCAGUGCGCGGAGGAGGAAGAAAAAGUAGAUCCAAGAAUCCAGGGGGAACUGGAGAAGUUAAACCAGUCUACAGAUGACAUUAACCGCUGGGAGAGCGAACUCGAGGACUGUCGUCAGCGGUUUCGCGCUGUGCUGGUGGAAGCAACGGUGAAGCUGGACGAGCAGGCGAAGAGGAUUGGCCGAGCUGUGGAUGACUCCAAACCGUACUGGGAAGCACGCAAAGCAGCAAGACAGGCCCAGGUUGAAGCCCAAAAGGCCACUCAGGAGUUCCAGCGGGCGGUGGAGAUCCUGCGGGCGGCCAAGGAAACCAUAGCCCUCGCCGAGGAGCGGCUCCUCGAGGAGGAGAGCCGCCAGUUUGACUCUGCCUGGCAGGAAAUGCUCAACCAUGCCACACAGAGGGUGAUGGAGGCAGAGCAAGCGAGAACACGCAGCGAGGCUGAGCACAGGAAGACGGCAUCCAACUACAACUCCUGUAUCAGCCACAUGAGGCAGUUGGAGAAGAAGCUCAAACGCUCCAUCAACAAAUCCAGACCAUAUUUUGAGCUGAAAGCCAAGUACUAUCUACAGCUUGAGCAACUAAAACGUCACGUCGACGAGCAUCAGGCCAAACUUGUGGUCGCGAAGGCCCAGUACCGCGAAGCGCUACGCAACCUUGAGAGCAUCUCAGAGGAGAUACAUGCCCAGCGACGCUCCCUCGCCAUGGGAACCAGGGAGCAGGGUGUGGGCGCGGAGGGAGAUGGAAGCAACGAGGACAUCGCCAACUUCAAGAUGGAGUCAGACGGCCUGUCAAUGGUGUCAGUGUCAAUUGACGAAGAGGGCAGUCACAGCAGCAGCUCAGAGGAGGAGACCAACACCUCCUCACCAGAAGCCCUGCCCUCGUCAGCGUCUCCUUCCUCCUCCCAUCCUUCCACCUCCGCCUCCACCCCCCUCGACACGCCCAGCCCUUACCCCCUCUCCUACAUCUCCACUUUGUCCUCCGUCCCCUCCUCCUCCUCCUGUCCCGGGAGCCUGAAGUCAGUGAGCCCCAGCAGCUCUCAUGACUCAGACUCGGUGUGCGGUUCUGGGCAUGCCUCACCUCUCCUUGGCCCUCGCAGCCAGUGCAGCGGAGCUUCCUCUCCAGACUGCGACCAGGAGAGAGGUGACAGAGCAGAGGGAGCAGAGGCCACGCUAGAAGCCGGUCUGAGUAAGCUAACCUUGACUGUUGCACAAAAACAAGGAGACUCUGGGGACGAACAAGACCCCCAGUACAUUAACCCUGAAGUAGCCUCCUCCAGCUCAGCUCCUGCCAUUGUGCUACUCAACAGUGUCUGAUGAGUGUCCGUCAUCCCUUAAAACACUCGCCGCGCCCGGCGUCAGGUCGCAGACUGGACUCCUCGGCAGAAGAUGCGGCACAGGGCAGGAUAAAGUGCUCGUUGUCAGCAAUGAGCGAUCGAGCUGCUCGCUCCAGACCGGGCUGGAAAUAUAUCACAAUACUCAUCAGAUGGUGUCACAUUAAUGGUGCUAUAUGUCGUGUAUUUGACCAACAGUAUAUCAGUGUUACUGUGAAUAAAUUGUGAGCGUAUUAUAGACAAAUAUGAGUAGGGACAGUAUUAGUGGUGGUCUGUAUUUCACAACACUAUUAGUGACAGGGUUAUUCAGCAAACUACAUUACCCAUAAACCUCCUUGCUUCAUAUAAGAAAGCUGAUUUCACUAUAGCUCUGUUUCUGUGUGAAGAACACCAUCUUCUUUUUGUGAAUUAAAGCAGUGCGGCAUAUCAUAGAGGCUGCUGCUCCUCUCAUUAACAGUGUGUGGCAAAGUUAAUAUGAUUAACUUUACUUGAUGUCAAAAUUCGGCUGGCUGCAGCACCAAGAGACAUUCUGCAUUAAUAUGAAGAGUGAGGCUUUGUUGGCUCCGAAUUUCCACAUGAGGAAUCAAACAGGAUGAAAAAAGAAAAUCAUCUAAAUCAUUUCCUUGAUGUUUAAAACCCCCGCUGUCAGUUUGAUGCAGGAGCCUAUUUUAUAGGAAUAGUUGUCAAGGAAGAAACUGAAGUACGAGCAGCACUCUGAGCACUAAACUAAAGAGACCUAACAUGUGACUGAACCUGGUGAGACAGCGAAAUGGUCUUCCAUUGAUAUUUGUGAAUGAGUGAGUCUAUGUAUUCUUGAGUGUGACAUGAAAAUCACCGUCUGUGGUGAUUCGUAUGUGAGGCAAAUGCAGUUAUUAUUUUUUUAUUUCUUGUGUCUGUUUUUUGACAAACGUUCAAGUACUCCCCUGUAGUACAGAUAUUCUAUAUUUAUACCCCUCUAUUCUUGUAUAUGAACAAUGUUUUGUGGUUACUGUUGUCAUUGUUUAACACAAAAUGAGCAAUAAACAUGUGCUUCAUGUAA